AUGGCCAACGACCAACACCACCACGCCGAUAACCACAACAUCGAAACCGACCCGGCCUUCGACGCCCAAUUUUCUCAUCUUUCCAUGUCCGCCAGCGCGUCUACCGCUCCGAUGGGCCACGACACCUAUGACACCACUGCUGCCGCCCAGCACUGGCCAGACCACAGCGUCCCGCUAGAUCCCAAUAAUACAACAACCGCAGCAGGUUAUCAACUCCCGUACGGAGCAUCUUCGGCUGACGCAGUCCUUGCGGCCCAGGUCGGCGACGCAACCCACGAUCAUCAGUAUUCCUAUGUGCAACAGUACCACGAUCAUCAGCAACAGCAACAACAACAGCAACACAGCAACCACAAACACCAGCAUAACCACUACCCACCUCGACAGUGCGAGUACUGCGACGUUAGCAAGGCUGAAAUGAAAGACCUGUAUCGACACAUGUGGGCACGCCACCCGGAUGCCGCGAGGGCGCUGAAAAUUCCGAAGGAGGAAGAUACUUGCAAUGUGUGCGGGUAUUCUGGGAGGACGGAUAAUGUUAAGCGUCACCGGGAGAAGAAGCAACAUUAA